AUGCGUGUUGAACGUAGUCGAAGCCCUACUGAGCAGGUGACCAGUAUUUUAAAUGAAGCAGCUGUGGCUCCUGAUGAAAACACUAAACUUGAUUUACUACUUAAGGCUAAAGAAGUACUGUUGUAUCAAGAACCAAAAUUGUUACCACAAUUUAUUAAUGAUGUAAUUGCGUAUCAAAAUGAUCAUAGUUCAACAAUAAGGAAAUUUGUUGUGGCGUUCAUAGAAGAAUGCUGCAAUAAAGAAAAGUCGAAUGUAUGUGUCACAAUGCCAAAUGUAUUAAUGUUACUGGAAGAUCGAUCACUUGUGGUCCAAAAAAGAGUGGUUCAAGCAGCUAGCAACAUAUACAGAGCUGGAUUACAAUGGAUAUCAAUGAUUGAUUUACCUAGUUCUGAUCUAUCAAAUGUAUGGCAAGAUUUAUCCAAUCUGAAAUCGCAUGUAAUUAACAUGAUUGACAAUGAUAAUGAAGGUAUUCGUGCUCAAGUUAUGAAAUUCAUGGAAACCGUAAUACUUGUGCAAACUUACAAAGGUGAAGGUGGUAUAGAUCGUGAGAAUGAUAUGUCACUUGAAGAUAUACCUUUAACUCUUAAAGUUACCCGCCGUAGAAGACUUGAAGAUGAAGCAAAGGUAUUGUUUGAUCUUCUGUCAAGAUUUUGUCAUUCUGGUAAUGUAGGCUGUGCAAAUUUAAUGACUUGCAUAGGAUCAUUAACAUUGAUUGCCAAAUUCCGUGUGUCAUUUAUUGAAAAAGUUGUAACUAUAUUAGAAACAUUAACUAAAAACAUACCAAAUUCUUUAACUCUGAGUCAAUCAACCAAUGUUCAGAAAAGUCUAAAAUUACAAUUAUUAAGUUUAUUGCGUCUCCCUGCUUCAACUGAACAUCAGCAAACUAUUGGAAGACUAUUAUUGGAUAUUGGUGCUUCCAAUCAAGAAAUUAUGAAAGCACUUCAGGUUUUGUCAAAAAAUGAAGAUAGUAAAAAGUUAUUGCGAUCCUUAAAACGUAAAAAUGAUGAUAUAGAAGAUAAAAAAACAGAUAAAGAUGACAUUCCGGAAAAAAAGAGAUGUACUGAAGGUACACUACCAGAUCGCCAUAUUAAUACAGUUAAAGAGUGGGUACUUGGAAAAUUAUCACCAGAAUCCAUCACAAACCUUAUAAUGACAUUCAUGCCAAAAUUACCAUCAAAAUUGCCUUCAGCUUUUGUAACAAAUUAUACUCCAAUAGCAGCAGCUGGUACUGAUAGCCACAUUAAACAUGUUGCUAAAUUAUUAGCUACUCAAAUAUGUGGAUCAGAUAUUGUUAUUCCUGAUAUGAAGUACAUAAUCCAAAAUGAUGAUGAAUUAUUAGAAGGAGUAAAAGAAGAAAUUAUAAAAAUGGAGGAAGAAGAUAUACUUUUAGCUCAACCAGCAGAAUUAAAUAUGAAUAACUGUCAAGUCGAUCCUACUGAAGCUGAAGAACUAUCUAUUGAUGCUUUACUUAGAGUUCUAGACACUAGUAAAAUUGUUUUGUCAAAACAGUUUAAAGAAGUACACAUUAAAGCUAUAACUAAAGUGGCAGUUAUGUGUAGUGAUGAUUUUCGCAACACUAUUCUCGAUUAUAUAAAUCAGGAUAUCCCUAAAAAUAUGAAUUUAUGCUUAUCAUGGUUGUAUGAAGAGUAUAGUGUAUGUCAAGGAUUUAUUAAAAUCCCAACAGCAUUCAGAAAUACUCUAACUUCAGAACAAAAUUACAGUACUGUUUUAUGUGCACUUAUCAGAGGCGCAUUAGGUAUUGGAGAUCCCAAAGAAAAAGAAGAUGCUAUAACCACUUUUUAUUUUGAAAGUCCAUUUAUUACUGAUGAUGCUGUAGAUAUUUUGAAAGAAAUUUGUGGUGAUCAUGCAUUUGGUCUAUUCAUUCUUGAUGAAUUAGUUACUAAACGUCCUCCAAGACAGUUAGUGUAUUUAAAUGCACUUCUUUUCUUCACUUCACAUAAGAAUGAUAAAAUUCGAGAGAUUGCUUUGAAUUUUAUCAAUAAAUUGUAUAAAAAUAAAGAUUUGAAAAAUAUUAUUGAAGAAUAUGCUACUUUUUACUUGGGAUUCUUAAGAUUACAACUUCCCCCUGAUGUACUUUUUGGUCAUGAAACAGGCCGAUUGGUCAAAUCUGAAGUGUGGGAUGAAGACUCGACUACAGCUUGCUUAUACCUAUAUUUCAUGUUAAUGGCCGAUAACUACGAACUAAUUCAUGAAUUAGCAGCUGUAUUUUCUAACUCUCAAGGAGAAGUAAAACGUUCAAUUAUAAAACUUUUACCACAACCUAUUCAAAAUAUGCCAAUGAAUUCAAGUGAAAUGUUUAGACUUCUUGAGGACAUACCAAAAGGAUCUGAAGCAAUGAUAACCAGAGUGUUGCAUACUAUUACUGAAAAAGUUUUUUUUUUUUUUUGCUGCAUCGAACAACUAUUAUCAUUCAGAAACCUUCAGAGCAACAUUCCAGCUAUGAAAAACGUUUUGGCAUCUAAUGAACAUAAGUUUGAUGGUGAGGUGCACAGAUAUUUAUUCGACAGUAAUUUUAUUAAAAAUUUAUCCAAUUCAAUUGACCUGUUUGAUCCCUUAUGUGAACUUAUUAAUAUUUGUCAACAAAGCAAAACAUCAAUUGCUGAUGCAGCAGAAUUAUGGUUAAAUCUACCUAGCAAAAUACCUAGUGGAUUUGAAAGUUUUAAUAAUUAUAUUGCAAAUCGACAAAAGUAUGCUUUAAAUGAAUAUUCAUUAACCGCCAAUUAUUUACAUCCAAUUUACCAAAAACACCAUAAAAUGUCACCUGAGCAGAAGGACAUUGUUGAAAAUUGCAUUUUAAACUCAACUGAUAUUGGUACAAAUGGCUUAAAUAGCUUUAUUGAGUUUAAAGAAAAAAAAAAUUUAUUUGGCAUUUUAUUUGAAAAAGAUACUUUAACAGCAAAUUCAUUUUGGUCUUUUGCUAAACAAAAACAUCCUGAAUUAGCAGAUUUUGCAAACAAACAAUUAAGCAUACCAGCAUCGACAGCCCAGUUGGAGAGAGUUUUUUCAAAUUGGUCUUAUAUACAUAAUAAUUUGCGAAACAGAUUAUCUCCUGAACAUUCAAAAAAGUUGUUAGCAGUAUACUAUUCGCUCAAAAUAGAAGAAAAAGACAACCAAUCAAAUGAUUAUUAA